AUGAAGGCAACGAUGAAACUGAAGCAAGGAUCGUUUCUGUGGUACCUCUAUCUGGACAAGCUGUACUGCCUGUUAUCCGUGAGGAACGUGAAGGCCUUGCUGGAGUAUUUUCACCUUCUUGAUGUCCACCGCAACAACACCUUGAAUGAUGUGCUGUUCUAUCACUUCCUUCACCACGUGACUAGCUGGAACCGGACACAGAUCAUGAUUGUGUUUAACAUGCUGGACUGGAACGCUAUGGGCGAGAUCGGUUUUGACCAGUUCUACAUGUUGGUCUGCAUCUUGCUGGCCCAACAGAACCACUUGGAAGAGCAAUUUAUCUUCCGCCAUUCCCGGCCUGUCUUUGAGCUGCUUGACCUGGACGGAGCACUGAGAAUUGGUGCAGAAAACUUCCACAUGUACAACUUUCUCUUCAAUAUUAAGAAAGAGGACCUCAGAGAGCUCUACCAUGACUUUGACAUCACAGGUGACCGUCGUCUUAAUUACAAGGAAUUUAAGCUGUUUACUAUCUUCACCAUGGACAAAUACCAGGAGAGGCAGAAAGCAGAGAAAGAGAAAGGGAAAAAGGAUCUGCUCAAAAAGAAAAGGCUAAAUCACAUUAAUGUGACCCUCAAACAGUUUUUUGGAACAAAUGUAUCUGAAAAUAGACUGUAAGUAAUCACAACUAUUAACAUAUCUAAAAAUAAAUUUAGAAACUCUAAGUGGAUAUUUUUACAUUGGCUUUUACACAUGAAAGUUCCAAAUAAGUGCUCUUUGAUCAGCAGGUUCUUAACUUGA